AUGCACCCCGUUCUUCUCUCGGUGCGUCACGGUGCUCUGUAUCGUGGUGAGGCUACUUUUCUUGCGAAAUACACGCGCAGCGCAGUCAUGGAGCUCAAGAAGCGUCUCAACUUGGGAAGUUUGAUGCGCAAGCGGCCGACUGUACGACCGGCCGUUGAGGAUGGAGAAGCAAAUGCCGACACGCCAGAAGCCAAUGCCGCCAAAGGAGUGAGGCUCUUUUGUGAGUCUGCCGCUGCCAACUCGGGCGAAGAAGUGACCCAUCUCCCCAUCAUCGUCGAAUCCGCCGUUGCCAGCCCAAAUGCUGCAGCCGCCGCUGCACGCCAGAUCCGCACCUACCUCUCCAAGGAGAACUUUGCUCGCCCCCAUAUUCAGUACAAUGCCGUUAUGCUCAUCAGGAUCCUGUCGGACAACCCAGGCCCUUCUUUCACCAAGAACCUGGACAAGGCUUUUGCCGACACGGUGAAGCACCUCCUGCGAUAUGGCAAGGACCCGAGCGUGGCGCAGAUUGUCAAGGAGACUUUGGAUGCAAUGGAGGUGGACAAGGCCUAUGACACCAACCUAAACAUUCUCUUCGCCAUGUACAGGAAGGAAAAGGGGCUCAUGGCAAAUGCUGCGAAGCAAUUCAGUCCCCGGAGGCUCAACGCGCCCGUAUGGACGGGGUCACAGGUCGUUGGCGGCUUCAGCUCCGAAAGUUCAGGGAGAUCGUCCUCCAAGAAACUGCCACCGCCAAUCGAGCUGGCAGCUCGAAUUGAAGAGGCGCGUACCUCGGCGAAGCUCCUCCUACAGCUCGUACAGUCUACACCAGCAAACGAGCUGCUGAACAACGAUCUGGUCAAGGAGUUUGCCGAGCGCUGUACAGCGGCUCAGCGCAGCAUUCACAGCUACAUCGCAUGUGAUAACCCAGCGCCCGACGACGACACCAUGCUCACCCUCAUCGAGACCAACGAACAACUAUCUCUCGCUGCGUCCAAGCAUCAGCGCGCGAUGCUCCAGUCGCGCCGCCUCAUGGGCGCUUCGCCGUCUCCGCCAGUCCCGAGUGGCAGCAGCACGCCAUCCCAUGGCCAGUCCUACAUGCCGCCGCCGCCCCAAAACAACCCCCCAUCAAUACCCUCCAUGAACGCUGCGCCAACACCUCCACUUGAGGAGCCUCGGCCUCCUCUACCACCGAACCGGCCACAGCAGACUGCACAGGAGGAGAACCCCUUUGCUGACCAUUACACAUCCUCGUACACACCUCCGCCCACGCACUCAAAUCCUAGAACAACAAAUGAGUACGGAGGCUCGCCAGAUUCCUAUAACCCCGGCUACCAGUCAACCCCGUCCUAUCUUGGAAGACAGGAGAGCUCUGCGAACAAUCUGACCAUGCACGGCGCACAGCCACCCAUCACCGAAGAGGACAACCACAAGCGUCCGCGGACACCCGAGACUAACAUGCCUCAGCAGCAGGCCCACGACGUAUCACCAAUUGCCGAGCGUAAUACUGUCACGUACAGAUACUAG